CUUAAAUCUUGAAACAUUCUAAUCUAAAACGACCAAGCUUAUAUUGCUUGAUUCACUUCUAGAAGAGAGAAAAUGCGCCAGCUAUGAGGAAUUAAAAUCCGCCAAAAAUUACUUUUUAAUGGAUUUUAACGAAGUUCCUGACUUUGACCCUAUAGAAGCUUACUCUAUGUCUAUAGAUGAAUCUACUUCGCGUUCACUUAACCUAACUCCUACCAACUUACAGGAAUCAUUCUAUACAAAACACUUAAAAUAUUCAUUAAAGAGACUGUAAGCGUAACUUCAAGUGACUCUCCAUGCGAAAUUGACAAUUCCCGUAUUACAACGAUCUGAUUAAGCAUAAAUGUGAUAUCCAUGUUUAAUUUUUUUAUUUUCAUUAGUGGUUUCGCAAUCUCAAAUUUCAAUCUAAAACGACCAAGCUUAUAUUGCUUGAUUCACUUCUAGAAGAGAAUGGGUGAAAGCAAGAAGGAGAAUCUCAUAAUCCACAACCUUCCAGAACCAGAACCUACUAUUACAAGAGCUGGAGACAGGAAAGAUAGAGACAAUGAGGAACUUGUAAAGGUUCUGCAAUCUAUAAAUUGUAGCACUAGAAUUGCGGAGGAUGUUAAAUACACUGUACGGCUAGGUGAGAGGAAGGACAAUGUAAACUACCAGGAUAAACCCAGACCUAUGAUUGUGGGGUUCCGCAAUGUGCAGCUCCGCAAUGAAAUUCUUAGAUCAGCUCGUAAUUUAGUUAAAACCAGGUACAAAGAUGUAAGUAUUGGUCCAGAUUUAACCAAUAAGCAGCGCCAGAAUGAAGCCAAGAUGAGAACAGAUGCUGAGAAAUUAAAUAGAGAGAUGGACAGCGCUGAUUCUUUAAACUGGGAGUGGAAGGUGAUAGGGCCGAAAGGUCAACGAAAACUGAUAAAAACAAGAAAGACAACCAUGGACAGACGGAAGAGACCCAGGAGCAACGAGGGAUCCCCUCAAGCCGGGCCAUCCAGCAAACGUUAAACAUCAUCUAUUUAAAUGCCAGAAGUCUGAUCAGCAAAACUAAUGAUUUGGAACUUUUAGUUAAUGAAAAAAACCCGGACAUAAUUCUAAUUACAGAAACCUGGUUAAAUGAUAACAUUUCAAACUCUAUCCUACAGCUGGAAGGAUAUUUUAUUGAACCGACCUUACGAUGUGAUCGUAACGAUACCGCCAAUGGUAUAGGUGGUGGAUUGCUUGUGUAUGUGAAAAAUGGACUCACAAUUUUAAAAACUGAUAGUUUAAAUUUAUUUAACCAAUUCUGCCAGUUCAGAGUGAUAUCUGAGAACAACCAAGACUUAAAUGUUACACUUGUGUACAGAUCACCCAACUCACCAA